AUGGUUGAGUCAACUCAUGUGAAGGUCAACGUCCAACCUCAAGAAGAGGUGGACUUGUCUGAUGACCAAAUUCAAAAGCUUCUGCUAGAAGCAGAGAGCCGCCUUCGUGGCGAGGAUGUUCAACUGCAGGAAGUCGAUUCAUCCUUCCACAUCCCCAAGCUGUCUUCCGGGCACGCUCUCGAGGCAUACGUUCGCGAGAAUGAUGAUAUUGCCGUCGUCGAUUCCGCCCAGCUGAUCGACCAAAAGCAGAAGGAGUUGUCCAACUCAUUGCACACCACUCAUCAGCCAAAGAAAACAGCUAAAGAAAAGAUCACAGCUGGCCCACAAUGGUUCGACCUCCCAAAGACAGAGAUGACCACGGAGCUUAAGAGAGAUCUUCAGCUCCUGCGAAUGCGUUCUGUCCUAGACGCAAAGCGACAUUACAAGAAGGACAACGGGAAGUUCAAGCCACCUGAGUUCUCUCAAGUCGGUACCAUAAUUGAAGGCGCAACCGAGUUCUUCAGUGGUCGUAUUGUCAAGAAGGAUCGCAAGAAGACCUUCGUCGCGGAGGCGAUGGCCUUGGAGAAGGAGAACAGACGCUUCGAGUCCAAGUACCGUGACAUCCAGACCAAGAAGACGAGUGGAAAGAAGGCAUUCUACAAUGACCUCAAGGCCAAACGAAACCGCACAAAGAAGUGA